UUCACCUUUUACUCUGCUUUGUACUCCUUUUCCCUCUCGAUUCGAAAGAGCUUCCGCCGUAUUUCAGGCCCCUCCUCCUAAUGUGGGCUUGUCUCAGAAAAACGAUACCGAAGCACAACCUCCUCACCGAGUCCCAACUCUCCGCAUCGCGAUACAUACAUACGGCAAUGCUGGCUGAUCCAAAUACCCAAGCGGGACCGACAGGACCGCGCGAGUUCAACAAAGACUUAUCGCAGACGGUGUCUGGCUACCAGUCCCUAGCAUUGCCAGAGAAUGAAGACGACAUCGAAAUCCGCAAAAAGUACCGCCCAUUCCUUCUAGACGAAGACGCCGACGCCGACUGGGUCAGUAAGCUGGAAUUGACCACGGUCCUGAACCUGGCCGCGAAGCACCUCCGGGACACAAACAGACGCGCGAGGGUCCUCGUGCUCUACGGCAGUCUGCGCAAACGGUCGUACUCGCGACUUGUGGCGUUUGAAGCCUGUCGGAUCCUCUUCCGGCUGGGCUGUGAUGUCCGUGUGUUCAAUCCCGACGGGCUACCCGUGAAGAACGAUAUCGACCACGGCCAUGCGAAAGUGCAGGAACUCCGAUCGCUCAGUGAAUGGAGUGAUGGGCAUAUCUGGGUCUCUCCCGAACAACACGGAAACCUGACUGCAGUCUUCAAAAACCAAAUCGACUGGAUCCCUCUCAGCACUGGGAGCAUCCGGCCAACGCAAGGCCGAACGCUAGCCGUUGCCCAGGUAUGCGGCGGGUCGCAGUCGUUCAAUGCCGUCAACUCGCUCCGGAUCCUAGGCCGCUGGAUGCGCAUGUUCACCAUCCCGAACCAGUCCUCCAUUCCUCAGGCGUAUACCCAUUUCCCGGAGGAAGACGGGCCAGGCGGCCAACGGCUCAACCCUAGUAGUAACAGAGACCGACUGGUGGAUUGCAUGGAGGAAUUUGUCAAAUAUACCAUCUUGAUGCAGCCGCACCGAGACCUUUUCGGUGAUCGGUUUAGCGAGCGGGAGGAGAAACGGUUGAAGGAAAGCCAGUCUUGAGCCAAAGUGGUUCUUCUUGAUGCUGCUGUUUUGGGCCUCGAUCUACUACGACUUGUUGUUUUGUGGUCUGCAAAGAGUAGUGUAACUGUUUUUGGAGCAACCCUGCUGCUUUCCUUUUCCAAUAGUGUCCAUUAACUAUACUUCCGGUACGAUGUUUUAGGCUUCAUGCGCUACAGGACAGAGAUCGUAGUGUCCAUUCUGAUUGUUCCCCCACCAUGCCGGGAA